CGACGCUGUGCUCUGCUCACUCCGCAGCGGAUCGAGACAGAGAUGUUAUCCGCAGCUCGGUCAUGUCUCCUACCAAUUAUCCGACUUUAUCUGCUCGGCAUCAAGGUCCUGUUGGUUCAGCUGCUCAGCAGACCCUUCAGGUUGCCAGUGAUGCCCAGACAAGAUGGCAAGGUUGCCAUAGUGACAGGAGGAAGUAAGGGAAUCGGCUAUGAGGCAGCCCGCCACAUGGCAAAGCUGGGGGCGCAUGUUGUCAUAGGUGGGAGGGAUGAGCAGGAGGGUCUGCUGGCCGUCAGAAGGAUCUGUGAAGAGUACAAAGAAGCCAAAGUGGAGUUCAGCAAACUGGACCUUGCCUCUUUGCAGUCUAUACGUCAAUUCGUCCAGAGAUUCAGGGAGCAAGAUCUGCCUCUGAACAUUCUCAUCAACAAUGCUGGUGUCAUGCUGGUUCCCGAGGGCCGCACUGAAGAUGGAUUUGAGCAGCACAUCGGCGUGAACUACCUAGGCCACUUCCUGUUGACCUGGCUGCUCCUGGACACACUGAAGGAUUCUGGGAAAUGCGGCCACUUCUCUCGUGUUGUCAACGUCUCCUCCUCAGCCCACCGCGUUGGCAAGAUUCGAUUAAAGGAUUUAAAUAGCUGCCGGUAUUAUUCAUCCCAUGCUGCCUACUGUCAAAGUAAGCUGGCCCAGCUGUUGUUCAGUUCCCACCUCCACCAGGAGCUGCGGCGGGGAGGUUUCCCGCUGAGUUCGUGUGCCGUGGACCCCGGCAUGGUGGAUACCGCUCUCUAUCGCCACCUCGGGACGCCGCUGAGCCUGGUGCAGAGCGCCGUUGCUCGCCUGCUUUUCAGGACUCCGGCGGAGGGCGCUUCCACCGUGUUGCUGGCCGCCCUGUCGCCGGCCCUGGAGGGGGAGGGUGGGGGAGGCUACUGGACCACGGGGCACAGGGAGAUGACAACACCACCAACCUUUGACCCCCAGCUGAAGCUAAGCCUGUGGGAAACCAGCGUCCAGUUGCUGGGUCUGCAGUAGCACGGGAGGAAGGGACGACUGAUCGGAGAGUGAACCUCGAAGAGGAAACCAGAUGCAGAGCCGUACCUCGGGGGGGGG